CAGAUGCGGAGGGGAUGAAUGAUCUAUCAGAUGAUGAUGAGAAAGUUGACCCUCCAACAGCUGGUAUGAAAUUUCCAUCUGAUAAUGAGGUUUUGCUGUAUUACAAACGAUAUGCCAAACAAGAGGGUUUUGGUGUGAUUAUCAAACGGACAAAGAGAGAUCUAGAUGGGAAUGCCAAAUAUGUGACGAUUGGUUGUGCACGUGGGGGAAGGUAUUAUCCUAGCUAUAGUAAUUUAGCUAAGCCCCGAGCAACGACAAAAACCGAUUGUAAGGCAAAAGUAAAUGCUCGGGUUGUGAAUGGUGAAUGGGUGUUGACCAGUGUUGAGCUUCUUCACAACCAUAGUACUUUUAGCCCAAAGAAAUCUAGAUUCUUUAGAUCUCACAGAGUUUUAGAUGAAUACAGUCAGAGGAUGCUCGACUUGAAUGACAGAGCGGGUAUUCGGAUGAAUAAAAAUUUCCAAGCACUUGUGACUGAAGCUGGGGGGUUUGAGAAUUUGGAGUUCCAAGAGAAAGAUUGCAGGAAUUAUAUCGACAAAGCCAGAUAUUUAAGAAUGGGUAAAGGGGGUGGUGAAGCACUGAAUGACUACUUUACGAGAAUGAGGAAAAUGAAUGAUGGGUUUGUGUCCGUCAUGGAUGUGGAUGAUGAGUUUAGAGUCAGGAAUGUGUUUUGGGCUGACGCACGAAGUCGGGCAGCAUAUGAGGUUUUUGGAGAUGUUAUCACUUUUGAUACUACGUACCUAACAAAUAGGUACGGAAUGCUGUUUGCUCCCUUCGUUGGAGUCAACCAUCAUGGACAGUCCAUACUCCUGGGGGCAGGGUUGAUUUCAAGCGAGGAUACAAGUACGUUUGUUUGGUUGUUUGAAGCAUGGUUAGAAUGCAUGAACGGACGGGCACCCCAAGCCAUCAUAACAGACCAAGACCGUGCAAUGAAGAAUGCCAUUGGUAUUGUAUUCCCGCAAACAAGGCAUAGAUACUGUCUUUGGCAUAUAAUGCAGAAAUUGCCAGAGAAAUUGGGAUCCCACGGUGAUUACGACGCAGGGUUGAAGGCCAGCAUUCAGAAUGCAGUCUAUGACACACAGACUUGUGAUGAAUUUGAGGAGAAGUGGCAGCAGCUAAUUCAUAAGUAUGACCUAAUGGGAAAUGCAUGGUUGGAGGGGUUGUACACAGAGAGGUCUUUUUGGGUAUCGGUUUAUUUGAAAGGUGUAUUUUGGGCAGGUAUGAGCACUACCCAGCGGUCUGAAAGCAUGAACGCCUUCUUCGACGGAUAUGUCCAUUCCGGUACGACGUUGAAAGAAUUUGUCGAUCAAUAUGACAAUGCUUUGCGGAAGAAGGUGGAGACGGAGACGGCAGCUGAUUUCCAAUCGUGUAACCAAACGAUCCCAUGUGUUUCGUCAUUCAAAAUUGAGAGACAGUUCCAAUCAUUGUAUACAAAUGCUAAAUUUAAAGAGGUUCAAUCCGAGGUUUGGGGGAUGCUUUUAUAUAACCCUUCGCUUGUCAGCACACAAGGCAGCAUUUCCACUUUCGAGGUGCUCGAAGAGAUUUCCACCCCCGAUGGACAAACCAAAAUUGUGAAAUACAACGUUUACUUGAAUGAAGAGGAAUUCGAAAUUAAAUGCACUUGUGGCUUGUUUGAAAUGAGGGGGAUUAUCUGUAGGCAUGCAUUUAAAGUCUGUCAACUGAAGUACAUUCAUCACAUGCCAGAUAAAUAUGUCUUAGAUCGAUGGAGGAAAGACAUAAAGAGAUCUUACAGGCUGGUUAAGAGUAGCUAUGAUGAUUGUCGGGCCAAUACGGAUUCACGGCGGCAUGACGUUGUUGUUAAACGAUGUCUACGAUUUGCUCGACGUGUACCAUGGAAUGAUGAGCAUGUUAGUUCUUUCUUUCAGCUGUUGGAAGAGUUUGAGCAGAAGGUAGUAGGAUUACAGGCUGAGUCAGGAUCAACGAGGUUGUGCUCCCAUGUCGAUGCCGAUAGAGGUAAGAAAAUAUUAAGUCCACUUGUUGUUCGUGGGAAGGGGAGACCGCCAACUCGGAGAAAGGUCCCAAUGGUCGAGAAGGUUGGGAGGAAGCGAAAGAAGAAACAGACUUAUAAGAGAAUAUUUGUGGAGGAAGACCAAAUGGGCCAUCCUAAGCCAGUAGAAGAAGUUGCCGGUGGUAUUGACGAGGUUGUGCUCCCAACCCAGUGUAGUAAUCUAACACAAGUAACACCUCUAGCCACUGAGCAGUUUUUGGAAAUGGGUGGCUUUUUGAUCCAGAUCAACUAUGCUAAAUUUGUACAGUGGUUUGUUCUCUUCCAUAAUGCUGGAUAUAAUGAGGUUCUGCAGGAUGCGUGA